GGGGUUUGGGAUCAGCCAGGAAAGUCAGGCAGUUCUCAGUGACUGCAGUUCUCAGUGACUUCCAGAAAGGGAGGUAAAGUCUCCCGGUGGCUGGGGCUGGACCCUGGGAGCAGCAGUGCCGAGCUCCACCCCUCGAACUGUGCCCUGUCCACCACUCCAGACUUUGACCUUGUGCUCCAGACCCACCAGACAGGCAGAAGGUGGAAGACAAGACACCCUAGAACCAGGAGCCUCCCUGAAGGAAAUAGGACCCUGAGUCCCCAGCAGCGGCCUUGAUUCUCCAGAAGUCUGGUGCGUGGGCUGACGCGAUGCGUGUGGUGCUAAUUGGAGCGGGGGUCAUUGGGUUGUCUACUGCCCUCUGCAUCUAUGAGCGCUACCACUCAGUCCUGCAGCCACUGGACCUGAAGAUCUACGCUGACCGCUUCACCCCACUCACCACCAGCGACGUGGCGGCUGGCCUCUGGCAGCCCUAUCUCACUGGCCCCAGUACCCCACAGGAGAUGACCCUUUCUGGAAAGACAUAGUCCUGGGAUUUCGGAAGCUGACUCCCAGAGAACUGGACAUGUUCCCUGAUUAUAGCUAUGGCUGGUUCAACACAAGCCUGAUUAUAGAGGGGAAGCACUACUUGAAGUGGCUGACUGAGAGGUUGACUGAGAGGGGAGUGAAAUUCUUCCAGCGGAAGGUGGAAUCUUUGGAGGAGGUGGCCAGAGGAGGAGCGGAUGUGAUUAUCAACUCCACUGGGGUGUGGGCUGGGGCACUGCAGCCAGACCCCCUACUGCAGCCAGGCCGGGGGCAGAUCAUUAAGGUGGAUGCUCCCUGGAUAAAGCACUUCAUUCUCACCCACGAUCCCAAGAGUGGGAUUUACACAACCCCAUACAUCAUCCCAGGGAUGCAGGCAGUUACUCUUGGAGGCAUCUUCCAGCUGGGGAACUGGAGUGAGAUAAACAGUUCCCAGGACCACAACACCAUUUGGAAAGGGUGCUGCAGACUGGACCCCACGUUGAAGAAUGCAAGAAUUGCUGGUGAAGCUACUGGCUUCCGGCCAAUACGCCCCCAGAUGCGUCUGGAAAGAGAACGGCUUCGUGUUGGAUCUGCAAACACUGAGGUCAUCCACAACUACGGCCAUGGAGGCUAUGGGCUCACGAUUCACUGGGGCUGUGCACUGGAGGCAGCCAAGCUCUUUGGGGAAAUCCUGGAAGAAAAGGCGCUAUCCCGGAUGCCACCAUCUCACCUCUGAGAAUGCCAGUGACCGGCAGCUUCCCCACAAGGAUUCCUCAUUCCCCCUCGACCGACUAAUCAAUGUGCUCCCCACAAACCCUGUGCUUACCCCUUGCCCCCAAUCCUGCUUCUUUCUACAAAUGGGCCCAAAGGGAGAGGAAGCCACAGGUCCAUCCCUGGAGGGGCAUCCAACCUCAUGUGCAGCCCCCCGAGGGCUGAGGUCACCCUUCUCUGUCUCUGGGCCUGACAGUGUGAAGAACAGCAGGGACUUUGUCCUGUAAGUCCUCAGAAGAAAGGAAAACUCAGAAAAUCAAAGAGACCAGCUGCCCAAAGACACAGAAAUUGAAGUUGAUUGAGGUUAAAUAACUUGACUAUAAGCCAUACAAACAUAUUAAAGGUUCUGAAAAAUCCUGCA